AUGCAAUAUGUACACAAUCAAGGCUGGAACCCAAAUCUCGUGCUUUGCAUGAUCGAUCUAUUAAAACGUCAACAGUUUGGCGAUUUUCAACUCGUACGUAAUGAACGAAAGUAUCUGCCGAGAAAGGUUAAGUUGUCCGCACACGAACUGAACGGACAACAUGGAGGACUUGGCUCAUGACUUGUCAUAUGCACUAGAAGAGUCAUCCACGCAACAGGUGGACCUAGACGAUCAAAAUUCGGUUAUUUUAACCCCAAAGCAAUGUCGGCGACUUUCUCGGAAACAACGAGGAAAAAAGCGACGCUCUGAUUCUAAUUUGAUAUGGGAUUAUGGUAAUAUGAGUGAGGCUUCCGAAUCUAGCUUAGACGAAGCUUUGAAAGAUUACAUGGAAAAUGUGACAGCACAACAAAAUAGCGAUUCAGAUGACACUGUUACCAGGCGACUAUCAACAGUCAAUCUGUCUAUGACGAACACAUUUUAUGGUGAAUCAGACUCAGUUACGGAAAAUUACAACGUCCCGCCACGCAGACGGCGACGAAGAAUGAAAAGAAUGACAGUAGAAGCAUCAGGGUCAUGUACUACAACAGUUAUUAGUAAAAGCGCUUCACUCCCUGAUUUGUUAAGCCAGGAGAUGAGAGCACGGAAAAGAGGUAGAAGAAAUGGAGGAGUAGAUGAACCUAUGGUGGAUAUAGAAAAUAUUCAACAUUUCAAACAUGCAUGUACCCUGAAACCUGAAUCUAGAAGGAGGUGUAAAAUGAAAAACAAAAAGAAAUCCGGGAAAGCAGACGACAUGGAAGUGUCAAAGGAAGAUUUUGAUGAAAAGGAUUAUGGGAUUGUAGAAAGAUUACACGAGAACAAUAUGGAAUGUAGCGAUGAGGACACUCCAAUAGCACGAGAUGAUAGUGAUUCUGAAACAAGCAGUUUAAGUUCAAGUAGUGAUGAUUUUGGACUUUACACUAAUGAUGAAGGUCGAGAAGGUGAUGAUGAACAAAGUGAUUUCUUCCAUGAGCCGGGGACAGUGUAUGGUGUGCCAGGAGUUAUUCCCUGGUGGGACAGAGAUAGAAUGGCUGUAGAUGACAGUCUAGAAAAAGAUCCUCAUUUUGAAUCUAUAUUGAACGGUGUCUUCCCUCUGAUGUCCAGAUCUUGUCAAAGAGGCUACCAUAAUACAAGACUGAGUAGACUUCAUGGCGUUGAAGAUGGCAGUAUAAGAAAGCGAAGCCGCAGGAGAGUGAAAGAAAAAAAAACUAGUGGUAGAAUGCUAGCAGCUGCCAGUGACAGAAUAUCACAGUUUAUGAACGACCCACAUGAACACGAAUUGUGGAUGCACCCAAUGAAAAAAAGACAACGAGACCAGCUGGGUCAUCUAGCAUCUUUGUAUGCUUUAGAUAUACAUAGCGAAGAUAGUCACAGGAAAUCUCGCCCAGUUUUAGUUAAAAACAGAAAUUCUCGUCCUGCCAAUGAAAUAGCUUUAAAGUCAUAUAUAGCGAGAGCCAGCGGUGUUCAAGGCAGUGCACAUCAUCACAGUAUGGAGGCUAAAAGGAGAAGAAAAACACCAAUGGGUUUCGUUGGUGAAAAUGCUGCUCCUAUUCCAGAAAGUAAUAUUGGCAAUCGAAUACUGCAAAAUAUGGGUUGGACACCGGGUACUGGACUCGGGAGUGAAGGAACUGGCAUUCAAGAACCAGUCUUGGCAUAUAUGCGACCGAAAGGUAGAGGACUUGGCCAUAAUGAUGCAUAA